UCCUGUGCGUGAAAAAAUGUAAAAUCUUUAACCGGUUUAUUAAUUGUGUCAAAUUUUCGAUAUGUGAAUUAGUUAGAGAAAAGGGGUAAAGAAAAUUAAAUAAAUCGGAAACGAGAGUGAGAGAGAAAAAAAAGUGUCCGCGAAUAUUCCCUCCCUUUUCUUUUGUUUGUUCACUCGUUUUGUAUAUAGCGGACAAGUUCUUCAUAUAUAUAUGUAUAAAUAUAUAUAUAUAUAUAUAUAUAUAUAUAUAUAUACACGUUUGCCUGCUUUACAUGUCUCUCGUAUAUAUGUAUCUUCGCGAAGAGUAGCAACAGCAGCAGAAGCAGCAGUACACACAAAUACAAAACUAAUUGCAAGAUACAUGGUUGUAGAAUGUAUCAAAUGUAUUUGUGUUCACCAAGUUCUUAUCUCGUGAAUUUCCGGACUUUAUCGUUUUUUGACAGAUUGUCGACAUUGUUUACUCUCGUUUUUUUUAAUUUACACGUGAAAAGUUUUUAAUUCAACGGCCACAAUAUAUAAUACCGGUCAUCAUCAUCAUCUCAUCAUUAUGUUCGAUUGUUGUUACCAAGUGUGAUUCCUCGUUGUCGGAGUGGCUUUAAACUGCUGUGCAUGGGUGGGACCCUCCCUCCUCCCAAGAAUGGCGGGGAAGGAUGGGAAGGCGGAAUCAAAAGGGGGCGAUGUCACCAUAAAACAAGGCCUUAUGGUGAAAAGAUCCCAAAAUAAAAAACGUUUCACACCCGUUAAUUACAAACAACGAUGGUUCGUCUUGACUCGUCGACAUCUCAUUUAUUACGACGGUGUUGGAGAGAGACGCAAGGAGCGAGGCAGAAUAGCCGUGGAAAAUGUCCAUAUAGUUGAGGUCGCCAAUCUUGGGAUUGGUAGUAACAACGAGAUUAACGGAAGUGAUUCGGUAUCAAGCUCCAGUGGAACAGGAAGUGGCGGUGCACCUGCUGGCUUUCCGUUUCAAGUGGGUUAUCGUGAGACUGCACAGGAUUAUACACUUUAUCUUCUUGCAGCACGAGAAGAGGAAAGAAGCGAGUGGAUUCGCGCUAUUCGAUCUGUGUGCAACGAGAAUUCUAGUCUCAGUGGUCGUUAUCACACGGGUCUUUGGUACGGAAGGCGGUGGUCCUGUUGCCGGAUGUCAACUCGUUCUGCGGAAGGCUGUGACGCGUGUACCAACUGGUCGUCCAAGUCAUCAAAUUUGAUGACCUCUGCCAACAUCACUACGGAUCGUGUUCAACAACAGAACAACGCCGAAGCGAACAAUAAUCCCGUAGUUCAAUCCUCACAGGCACGCUCCAAUACAACACCUUCAACUCCAAUAAUGCCAGGCGGUGCACCAGGUACACCUUCAUCAAAAGCCAAGGAGAAACUGAUGCUGAGAACAAAAGUUGUGGUGGCACUUUAUCCAUUCCGAGCCAUCGAGGGAGGCGAUUUGUCACUCGUAAAGGGUAAAGAGUACGAGGUUCUCGAUGACUCCCAAGAGCAUUGGUGGAAAGUCAAAGACGAAAAUGGUUCCAUUGGAUAUAUACCAAGCAAUUACGUGAAGGAAAAGGAACUUCUGGGUCUGCAAAAAUACGAGUGGUACGUUGGCGAUAUGUCGCGGCAACGGGCAGAGUCUUUACUGAAACAGGAGGAGAAAGAGGGCUGUUUCGUCGUCCGUAAUUCCUCCACUAAAGGCCUCUAUACACUCUCUCUUUAUACGAAAAUUCCCCAUCCCCAUGUCAAACACUACCACAUCAAACAAAAUUCAAGAGGAGAAUUCUACCUGUCAGAGAAGCAUUGCGCCUCUUCUAUUCCCGAUCUCGUCAAUUAUCACAAACAUAACAGUGGUGGACUUGCCAGUAGACUGAAAGCGAGUCCUUGUGAUCGUCCAGUUCCAGCCACUGCUGGUUUAAGUCAUGAUAAAUGGGAAAUUGAUCCAGCCGAGCUGCAUUUAUUGGAAGAACUCGGUUCUGGCCAGUUUGGUGUCGUGCGAAGAGGCAUCUGGCGUGGAUCAAUUGACGUUGCUGUCAAAAUGAUGAAAGAAGGCACCAUGUCUGAAGAUGAUUUUAUUGAAGAAGCUAAAGUGAUGACGAAACUACAACACCAAAACCUAGUCCAACUCUACGGUGUUUGUAGUAAAGAUAGACCAAUUUAUAUAGUCACCGAAUACAUGAGACACGGAUCGCUCUUAAACUACCUCCGUCGACACGAAACUACUCUUGGAACAAAUGUCGGACUUUUGUUGGAUAUGUGUAUUCAGGUUUGUAAGGGAAUGGCUUACUUGGAAAGACACAAUUACAUCCACAGGGACCUCGCGGCGCGAAACUGCCUCGUUGGUUCUGCAAACGUAGUCAAAGUAGCUGAUUUUGGCCUUGCCAGGUAUGUUCUGGAUGACCAAUAUACUAGCAGCGGUGGUACCAAAUUCCCAAUAAAAUGGGCACCUCCCGAGGUUUUGAAUUACACUAGAUUUAGUUCCAAGUCCGACGUUUGGGCUUAUGGUGUUCUUAUGUGGGAAAUUUUUACAUGCGGUAAAAUGCCUUACGGAAGACUGAAGAACACCGAAGUUGUUGAACGUGUUCAACGCGGUAUCAUUCUCGAAAAGCCAAAAGCUUGCUUCAAAGAAGUUUACGAGGUAAUGCGAAUUUGCUGGGCCCAUAAUCCCGAGGUACGACCAUCGUUUCGCGUAUUGAAAGAUCAACUAAUAAGCGUGUCGCAAGGUCUGCUCAAUGAUUGACUUAGUCUUUUGCACUGUUUGCGCCUCUCAUCGCCGUCGGGACGUUCAAUUGGCAUUUCAUCACCACGAUCGCAAUUUAAAGUCGUCGAUGAAUUAUUAUUGCCAUUAACAUCAUCAUCAACAACAACAACAACAUCAACAAUAUUAAGAAAAAAACAAACCACAACAGACGUCGCCUCGAGGUCAAUUAGCAGCAGCUGCAGCAGUACAUUCAGUUCGGCAACAUUACCGGCAUCGCUUCGUGUCCGAAAUAAUAUUAGUAGUAAUAACAAAAAAUAUCUUCCGUCCGUGGAAGAAUUGCGAAAUCUCACAUUGACAUUGAAGACAAAGAAAAAAUCUAAUUCCUCAUCACAUGAGGCAACAAGUUCAUCUGAUCGUGUUAGUCUUUCGUCAUCGAGUACAAUUGGAGGAUGUGAACGUUUAGAAAAUGAGGGUGGAAUUUUUCAAGAAUGUCACAAUAUCAGUCAAGGAACGUCUUCAAAUUCGCCAAAAGUCUGCGAUAUUUGCAGCUCGUAUGGACGUACUUGGAUUGAAAUUUGCAAAAUAAUACGCGCCGCUAAAGGCAAUUGAGAAGGGGGAAAAAAAAGAAAAAUUUCUUUUUUUUUCUUUCUCACACCGUCGUCAUUUGUCGUAUUUUAUUAUUAUUAUUAUUAUAAUUAUUAUUAUUGAUUUGUUAUUUGACAAAACGCGAAUAAUUUUUUUUUUUCGUUUUUUUUUUUAAACUGACGAGUUACUGAACAAAACACAGUAAUGUAGUUUUAGUAGAUUUUUUUUUAAUGUUAGGGUAUUAUUAAACCACUUUCUACCACGCAAA